AGAACCAUAACAUCCCACGAACACACACUCUGCUCUCCAGUGGCUCUUUCCAGCUUUCUCACAAAGCUGAAGAUCUUCCUGAAAGAUAAUUGCAGUGCGAUGUCGAGUUCCGUAGCCCUUUUCCUUCUCUCGUUGUGUCUUUUCUCAGCGCAUGCAUGCAAUGCCCGUCGUUUUGGCCCCAGUGUUGGACGAAACCCUAGCAACCAAAUGCAUCAACUCGGCAAGGAAAUAGAAAUUCAGAAUUUGCGUCACGGAAAGGAAAAUAGCGCAGAGAUCGUCCUGGCAAGAAUUCAUCACGAAGAGCUUAAGGAUCUAAUAGGUCAUUUGAGAGACCAACAAGCCAUAGACGGAGUGAAUUCAGGACAAGAGGGCAGCAAGGCACGACCCUUGAAGAGCGAUCAGCAUAAAGCUGAUGCCGAACUGGAGGCAUCCAGUAUUUCGAAAGCCAGAUUGAUGGUGGAAUCUGCAGACUCUCAUCACAACGAGGAAGCUAUUUCUGGAGAAUUAGAUGAGGACUUGAAGGGCGACGUGGUGGCGAUGGACUAUGCACAGCCUCAUCGUAAGCCGCCCAUUCACAAUGAGGAACACUGAUUCAUGCUAUAUCAUUCCUGCUAUUCGCUCUUUUGCUUCUCUGGGAUGGUAGUAUCCUUCUCUAUGUAACUUUGAUGUACAAUAAAAUGGAGGUCGAACAAUCUUGUUCGAUCCAAACCCUCGACAUUGCAACAUCAGUCGUCUAAGUGCAUUUUACC